GGGCUGUGCCGUUCUGUGCUCGUCGCGAGGUACCCGGGAGUGAGUCCACAGGUGUAAGCACAGUGAUACCGCGCAGGGUCCUCGCGAUGUGUCGCGGCCGGCUCGAGAUCGUCCUAGCCGCGGGCUAGCCGAGGUCCUGACAGCCACCGCAGCGACCAGGAUCCGGGACCAUUCAAGCGAGAAAGGAUGCCAGGGGGGCGCAGGGGCCUGGUAGCCCCCCAAAACACCUUCCUGGAGAACAUCAUACGACGCAGCAGCAGUCAACCCGACAGCAGCUUCCUACUGGCAAACGCCCAGAUCGUCGACUUCCCGAUCGUCUAUUGCAACGAGAGCUUUUGCAAGAUCUCCGGCUACAACCGUGCCGAGGUUAUGCAAAAGUCAUGCCGUUGCGGAUUCAUGUACGGGGAACUGACGGACAAGGAAACGAUCGCCAGGAUCGAGGAGUGCCUCGAGGGCCAGAUCCACGAUCAAUUCGAGAUCCUACUGUACAAGAAGAACAAGACACCGUUAUGGCUGCUCCUGCAAAUAGCGCCCAUCAAGAACGAACGGGACCUCGUGGUCCUGUUCCUGCUGACGUUUCGAGACAUCACCGCCUUGAAACAGCCCAUCGAGACGGACGACAGCAAAGGCGGCCUCUCCAAAUUCGCCAAACUCGCCAGAUCGGUCACCAGAUCGAGAUCGGUCCUAGUUUCUCAGUUCAGCUCACACCUGCCGGCCCUGAAGGAUACCGCCGUGCCGACCACCGCCAAACAAUCGCACUUGGCUCAUAUGAUGUCCUUAAGCGGCGAUGUUAUGCCGCAAUACAGACAAGAAGCCCCGAAAACACCACCGCACAUUUUACUGCAUUAUUGUGCAUUUAAGGCGAUCUGGGACUGGAUCAUUUUGUGUUUGACCUUUUACACAGCCAUCAUGGUGCCGUACAACGUCGCGUUCAAGAACAAGACCAGCGAGGACGUCUCCCUCCUGGUCGUCGACAGUAUCGUCGACGUGAUAUUUUUCAUCGACAUCGUACUCAAUUUUCACACAACGUUCGUCGGCGCCGGCGGCGAAGUGGUGUCCGAUCCGAAGGUGAUCAGAAUGAACUACCUGAAGUCCUGGUUCAUCAUCGAUCUGCUGAGCUGUCUGCCGUACGACGUUUUCAACGCCUUCGAUCAUGACGAGGACGGGAUAGGUAGCCUGUUCUCGGCCCUGAAGGUGGUACGGCUGCUGCGGCUCGGCAGAGUCGUACGCAAGCUAGAUCGGUAUCUGGAGUAUGGAGCCGCGAUGCUCAUUCUUCUGCUCUGUUUCUACAUGUUGGUUGCUCACUGGCUGGCCUGUAUCUGGUAUUCGAUAGGGAGAUCGGAUGCCGACAAUGGGGUACAGUAUUCCUGGCUGUGGAAGUUGGCCAAUGUUACCCAGUCACCGUACAGCUACUUGUGGACCAAUGCCAGCACCGCACCCGAACUAGUAGCUGGCCCGUCACGUCGCACGAUGUAUGUCACUGCUCUUUACUUCACAAUGACUUGCAUGACCUCCGUGGGCUUCGGGAACGUUGCGGCCGAGACCGACAACGAGAAGAUUUUUACCAUCUGCAUGAUGAUCAUUGCUGCCUUACUGUACGCCACGAUCUUCGGUCACGUCACCACGAUCAUCCAGCAAAUGACGUCCGCCACCGCCAAAUAUCACGACAUGCUGAACAACGUGAGGGAGUUCAUGAAGCUACACGAGGUGCCCAAGGCUCUCAGCGAGCGCGUCAUGGAUUACGUCAUCAGCACGUGGGCGAUGACGAAGGGUCUAGACACUAACAAAGUUCUCAACUACUGCCCCAAGGAUAUGAAGGCCGACAUUUGCGUGCAUCUUAACCGGAAGGUCUUCAACGAACACGGUGCCUUCAGGUUAGCGUCCGACGGGUGCCUGCGCGCUUUGGCGAUGCACUUUACGAUGUCGCACAGCGCGCCUGGCGAUCUGCUCUAUCACACGGGCGAAUCCAUCGACUCCCUGUGCUUCAUCGUGACCGGCAGCCUCGAGGUGAUUCAGGACGACGAAGUGGUGGCGAUACUGGGCAAGGGCGACGUCUUCGGCGACAGCUUCUGGACGAACUCGUCGGUCGGCCAGAGCGCGGCGAACGUCAGGGCGCUCACUUACUGCGAUCUGCACACGAUCAAGCGGGAUCGGCUUCUGGAGGUAUUGGACUUCUAUCAGGCUUUCGCGAACUCCUUCGCCAGGAAUCUGAUCCUGACUUACAAUCUGAGCCAUCGGCUGAUCUUCCGGAAGGUCGCCGAUGUACGCCGGGAGAAGGAGCUGGCUGAGAGGAGGAAGAACGAGCCGCAGCUGGACCAAGCUCAGGAUCAUUUAGUCCGCAAGAUCUUCUCAAGGUUCAAGACCGACGGGGAAGGCCAGAUCGGCGUGACCAGGACCGUGAGCGGACGGUCCCAGCAGGAUUCCGACGAGGAGCUCACCGUGAACGUCCUGCCGCCAUGGCCGAGUUUUAGGUUUCGCAGAGAGAGGCCGCACACCGAUGUGGAGAAGGGCGACGGCAAGGACGCCAAGGAUGGCGAGACGUCGCACUCCAGGAAGCAGUCCACCACCGAGGAAGGAACAACAACCGUGACCAAGGCGAGACCAGGCAAAUGGGGUCGUUUAUUAGGUAGCUCGAGUCUGGACUCCGGCAGCGAGUCGGGCACGGCAGCCGACACCUUCAAGAGGUCCCUCAGCGCGAGGGAUCCGCGUCCGAGUUCCAGCGCCGGCACCAACAAGGUCUUCCCGAAGCUCGGCAAACUGAGCGGCACGAUCGAGGAGGGUGGUGACGCCGCCGAGAACCCGAAGGACGCGCAGCAACCGCAGCAACAGCAGCAAUCGGCGCAGCAGCAGACCCUCGCGGUCGACUCGAAACAGCUGCAGCUGCGCCGCCUAGAGAGCUACGACGGCGGCCUGAUCACCGCGCAGCCGAGCCACGAGCGCGAGAUCCUCGCUGCAGUGCUGGAAGUGAAGGUGGACCUGAAGCUGGAGGUGCAGAGGGUGAAUCAGAGACUGGCCAAGAUCGAGGACAUGCUGCAGGCGUUGAUGAACAGGCUGCCGGCCGCGGGGACGCCGUCCGGUGGCGGCGGCAACGGCGGCGGCGGUCCCCAGAAGGGCCCGAAUUUCGGGAACGGCGCGCCGAAUCAGUCGGGCAUCACGUUCGUCCAGUCCGGCACUCAGACCACCGAGUACAAGCCGUCGAUCGCGACCACGUCGACGUCGACGACGCCGAGCGAGGGCUACCGGGAGCAGUCGACCGCGACGGAGCGCAUGCCGAAGAGCCAGGAGCACCACCAUCAUCAUCACCAUCACCACCAGUCGGCGGAGCGGCUCAAGGAGACCGCCGACCGGCUGGCCGGGGCGUCUUCGAGGGACGUGAACAAGGAGCUGCUGGAGCGGCUGGCGCAGGCUUCCACGUCGCGCGGCGACGACUCGAACGCGCUCGGGCCGCUGAUUCUGCGCAAGCGCAGGAGCAAGUCGCGCAACAAGGGCGCGGCGCCGCUCGCCCCGCUCGCCACGCAGCCGGUCAGCCCGUCCGAGGCCACGGAGACGACGCAGAUGUUGGAGUGCACCGACGACCGGGAGCCGAGUGCCGACCGGACCGAGCGGUCCGAGCGCAAGAGACCACCGCCCCGACCGAGGGAAUAUUUGUGAAAGUUCUUCACGCGUUGCGACCGGACGCGGCGAUUUCUCUGCUGCCUCGUCGCGAGGCAGCUCGCGAGCUUCGCCCGGCGCGAAUCGCUGCGAAAUCGCUGAGGCGAUUGCGCCUCGCUCCCGAAUUGUACACAUCGAAGAACAGCUACCGUUUCGUUGCAUUCGCUCGCACGUGGGAUCGUUCGUUCGAUCGAUCGAUCGAUCGGCCAGUCGGUCGGUGGGAUAAUCGGUUUUUUUCAUGACGGAAGAUUCACGGCCGGUCGCUUCGCACACGCGAUCACGCCGGUUCUUCUCGCGUGUGUCCGCGUCCGCCCGGUGCAAACCUGGAGCUUCGGGAGCUUCUCUGCGUGUCACCGUCGACGAAUAACAACUCGUGCCGAUGAUUAUGUCCAUACCUCGGUAACAUGUACGUAUAUUUGAUCCUGGAACACCAUACUUGGGUGUACCACACUCACGCUGUUAUUGAUAUGCCCGUUGUUUUUAUGUAAUGAGUGGUAGGGGGAAUUGGAAUUGGCGGGGGGGAAAACUUCCAUUUUCCCUCUACGACUCCUCAUACCGCGCAAGCCCCAUGCUUUUGCGUCAUACCACUGUUUCUUAUUUUUUUCUGAAAAGUUACGUCCUUUCCAUCUUUGAAAAGUGACUAUCCCUUUUAUACUUUUCCCAAAAUUGACUCUUUCUUAAACGUUGAUCGUGAUUACAGUGACACAAAAAUGUCUAUAAAUAUCCACUUUUCGAAGAGUCAUUGAUGGUUGAAUAGUGUUGGGUGCAGUACAUCCGGUGUGGCGAGAUCAGGACUCGCAGGAAGUGUGGUGUUCUGGAGUUAAAGAAGGAGGAAGAGGGAGAGAGAGAGAGAGAGAGAGAAAUACAUAUAUAUAUAGAAGAGCUCCAUUUUCGCUAAUCGCUUUUCAAGACGCGAGUGGAGAAGCAGAAGAAGAGCAAGUAAGAAAAGGAAGAACAAGAAGAAGAUACGGAAUAGAGACGGUGGUUUUGGGAUAGCAGACGAGAGAUGAGCUCUCGACAGCGGCUGUGAGGAAGCCGCUGAGAAGUAAUUCCGCGGGAUCGGAAAGCGACGACGAACGGGGUAACGAGGUAAAUAAACGCAGUCUUAAAAUACGAAUUACUCGCUUGCGACGGCUUCUUCGAGACAUCGAAAACUCUCCGAGGGGGUAUUACUCGCCUUGUACACACGACGUAGACGUAGGUUCACGCGUAUCGUAGCGGACUUCGCGGUAGGAUCAUCGGCGAUUACGCGAUUAGAUUUCUAAGCCUCCGGUCACGGAUCGGAAUGUUCACGUGAACGUUCGCGUUCACGGCACACCGAGCCAGCGACGUCUCUCUUUUUCUCGAAGGGGAGGAAGAGAAGAAGGAGGAGGCAGCGUUUUGUACUCGUUUGGUUGUGCGGGACGUGCUCGGACGUUCUGAGAUCCGCGAGAAGAAAAAGACAAAAGAAAACUCCCCACGAACGCGUACGCGUCUCUUCUUUUUCUUCCCUCAUUUUUUCUUUCUUUUCGGACACGCAUGACGCGAACGACGACGACGCCGUCGGGAUAAUUGGGGCGGAAGCGGGAACGACCGGGCUCGAGCGCGAAAAAUCGGGGAUAAUCGAGUCGUUUUCGACGUUCACACUCAAACAAGUCAAUGGAAUUGCAAACGAUCGUCGUUUCUGUCCAAGAUAAAACCGCGAACUGUUGCAUAUUGCACGCGCCCCGCGAUCCUCGGUUUUGAAAACGAGCGCCGAGCGAGUGCGCGUUCGAAUUCACCCCGCGUCGAAUCCGAUCUCCAUUUUUAUCGUCGCGCGCGCUCUGCCCUUGUCGACGCUUAAUCAAAAUCCAACGUUCCGCAUCGUGUCACUUUCGGUGUCGCGCGAAUCACCGGGACACGUUGGGGAUGGUCGUUACGACCUGAAGUACAAUCGCUCUGUUAUCGUUCCUGUUUGGCCGCUUCGUCAUUAAUGUUGAUGAUAAUUGAGUCUUGUCGCGAUUCACGCGACGACGUGCGCCGAAGCUCGCAGGAGGGAAGCUCGGAUUUCGGGGGAGUCUGUUCGUCAGAGGUUGACGAGGGUAAGCGACGCGUCUCUCAGGAGGAGGAUGAGAGAGAGAGAGAGAGAGUGCAGUCUCUCCCGUGCGAAUAAAUAUUGUUACGCAGGAAUGGUGCUACGCUCGCAAAUUCGUAUGACGCGCAUACGGAGCCAAAUAGCAAUAUUAGAUGUAUAUAUUACCUUGUAAUAUGACAUGUAUAUAUAUUCGCAUUAUUAUAUAUUGCCCAUACAAGCGUGGGAGAGCCGGUGAGAGCUGCCGGUGAGAAUAGCGACGAAUCCGCCGACAAGUUAAUAAAUUAAUAAGCCGAUGAACCAAUUAAUUAAUUUUUGGCGAGCCCUCGUUUUGAUCGAGCCCGACAAAUUGGAAUUAUUCACAACGAGUUACACGCGGGAGUCCAAAGUAAUUAGCUGGCGUCGGUAAUCGUGGGAUAUUCUAAUUUCAUAAUUUUUCUCUUUGAUACAAUAUCUCUCUUCUUAAUUAUAUUUCUUUCGCCAGGGAUCAGUCGGAACGCGGUAGAAAGUUUGAUCUCCCGGGUGACGGUGGAAAAACGAAAGCGCGAUUCUCAUCGGCGAUGUCAUUCGAUCAAAUCGAAAGUAUAGUGGCAAACACGCGUACACACACACACACACACACACACACACACACACACACACACACGCAUAUACAUACACACACA